AUGGGCGACUGCGAGGCUGCAGAGGAGACUGCCUUUGUUGUUGAAGUAAGCAACAUUGUAAAAGAGGCUAUAGAAAGCACCAUUGGUGGUAAUGUUUGUCGAUACAGCAAAGUGAACCAGUGGACCACAAACGUGGAACAAAUUUUAAGCCAACUCACCAAGCUGGGAAAACAAUUUAAAUACAUUGUGACCUGUGUAAUUAUGCAAAAGAAUGGAGCUGGAUCACACACGGCAAGUUCCUGCUUCUGGGACAGCUGUACUGAUGGGAGCUACACUGUGCAAUGGGAGAAUAAGACCAUGUACUGCACUGUUAGUGCCUUUGGACUGUCUACUUGACCUCCCAGUCCAUCCUAUAACCUUUCUGCUUUUGUCUCUAGUUCAUCUUCUAGCCACCAGCCAUGAAUUCAAUGAACUCCUUUCUCGUUCUCUUUAAGUGUGUUUUGUGGCACUCUCAAAAACCAAAUGACUGCACUGUGAUGUGAACUGCACCA